GGAGAUAAGAUACGAUCAAUCUGUUUGUUUAUUAUACUUAGGAUAUUCCCUUGUAUCUAGGAGUAUCGAGGAGAUCUCGAAACAGUUUGUAACUGUAAUGUCUUUAUAUUCAAGUGAAUACACAACGAUCUCCUCAAGGGAGACUUUCACAAUCUUUCAAUAUUAGGAGAUAAGAUACGAUCAAUCUGUUUGUUUAUUAUACUUAGGAUAUUCCCUUGUAUCUAGGAGUAUCGAGGAGAUCUCGAAACAGUUUGUAACUGUAAUGUCUUUAUAUUCAAGUGAAUACACAACGAUCUCCUCAAGGGAGACUUUCACAAUCUUUCAUGGUAUCAGAGCGCAGCUCAAUCUAAAACGCUUCUCUAAAUUAUCUCUUUUUCUUCCUCUUCUUCUUCCUUCUCUUCUCUUCUCUUCCAACCUUCAAUCUCUCUUCAAUGGCCGCCGCAGCCAACAAUUCCGACAAAAUUUACGGAGUCAAUAACAUCAAGACUCACAUCCCUGUGAUUCUUGAUCUUGAAGAGAGUAACUACGAUGCGUGGAGAGAGCUUUUUCUCACCCACUGUCUCAGCUUCGAUGUCCUUGGCCACAUCGAUGGCACUCUGCUCCCAGCUAACGCCGACGAUGUCGCAUGGAAGAAACGUGAUGGGAUUGUGAAGAUCUGGCUCUAUGGAACUCUCACACCUAAACAGUUUCAGGGUUCCUUCGUCUCUGGUUCAACCUCUCGUGAGAUCUGGCUGCGGAUCGAAAAUCAAUUCAGGAAUAACAAGGAUGCUCGGGCCUUGCGUCUUGACAACGAAUUGAGAACCAAGGAGAUUGGUGACAUGAAGGUAGCUGACUACUGUCGUGAAAUGAAGAAACUUGCUGACUCCCUCAGUAAUGUCGACGCUCCGGUGCAAGAUCGUACGCUUGUGAUGUAUGUGUUAAAUGGCUUGAACGCCAAAUUUGACAACAUCAUCAACGUGAUUAAGCAUCGCCAGCCCUUUCCCAGUUUUGAUGAUGCAACAGCAAUGUUGCAGGACGAGGAAGAACGUCUAAAGAAGGCGAUCAAACCGAACCCUACACAUGUUGAUCACUCCUCAUCGUCAACUGUCCUGGCUGUUUCUAAAGCUCCACCCGUCAACAACUUCCAACGAUCAGGAAAUCAACAGUUUCAGAACAGAGGCCGUGGCAAGGGAAACAACAAGUUUCGUGGAAGAGGCCGGUCGUCAUACAACUCACCACGUCCAUCUUACCAGUCCACUCCAUUCAACGCUUGGAACAGUCCAUUCUACCCGCCACCAUACCCGAUGUGGCAGCAGCCGUGGGGGUUUCCGCCUCAACUAACAGCUGCAGGAGGCAGUGGUUAUGGGGUUCUUGGACCACGACCUGCAUACAACACACCACACAACAACACUCAAAAUGUUGGAGGGAACAAGUAUGAAAGCACAGCAGAUUUUGCCCAGGCAUUCAACACGCUGACACUGCAAGAUCCCACCGAUUCCCAGUGGUACAUGGACUCCGGAGCUACCGCUCACUUAACGUCAGGCUCAGGACCUCCACACCAAGGAGACACUUCUCCGCAGUGAUAGCACGGGCGACCUCUAUCCAGUUUUUUCUACAUUCAAUAAGAGCCAAGCUCAAGCUUCGGCGUUUCUCGCUCAAUCGUCUGAAAUUUGGCAUCAAAGAUUAGCUCACCCUAGCAAUGAUGCCUUAAGGACGUUAAUUUCCUCUUCUUAUUUUCAGUCAAAUAAAAAGACUCUCCCUUUGUCUUGUAAUGCUUGUCAGCUUGGAAAACAUGUUAAGCUUCCUUUUUAUUCUUCCACAUCUUCUGUUUCUUCACCAUUUGAAAUAAUACAUUCGGAUUUGUGGACCUCAUCUAUUCCUAGCAUAUCGGGAAUUCGUUAUUAUGUUCUUUUCUUGGAUCAAUUCUCUCAUUUCUUGUGGGUUUAUCCUCUUCGUAACAAGAGUGAUGUCUUCUCUAAAUUUUCUCAAUUUCAUAGCUAUGUGAAAAAUCAUUUUAAGACCAAUA